AUGAGCCAGCAGCGUCCUUCUCUCCUUGAUCUUUCUGGAAGCCAGGAGAAGAUGGGGCUCCUUGACGAUAGCAACGACAAAACGGGCCAGUGGCUACCGAUUCUCGCAGCCCCAGUCGUCAAGCUCGGCACAUUGCACUGGCGACAGCUCUUCGUUCGAUUUCUUAUCUUCCUUAUUCCCAGUUUCCUCCAGGGCCGAAUAGUCAGGGACACGGGACGCCCCGCCAAACUCUUUCCUACCUCAUACCUGGAUGGUAUGCGAGGUUUGGCUGCGCUCUUCGUUUUCUUCUGCCACUAUUUCUAUCAGGCCUUCACUAUCGCAGAAGGUUAUGGCUGCGGAGAAACCAACUAUCACAUCCUCAAGCUUCCUUUCUUGCGACUAUGGUACCAAGGUCCAGCCGCUGUCUGCGUCUUCUUCGUCAUUUCCGGCUACGCCUUGAGCUACCGACCCAUCAAGCUUGUCCGAAGUGGACAAUGGGGCGAGUUUUCCAACACCAUCAGCUCGCUGACCUUCCGACGUUUGAUUCGCCUGUAUCUUCCCCCAGCGAUCUCGACUCUCAUGGUUGUCAUGUUCCUUCGAAUUGGACUUUUUGAAUACACUCGCCAAUUCGCCACGGAUCGUAAAUUCCACAAGAACAUCAUGGAGCCGCAUCCAUGGAGAAUGGAGACUACACGCGAACAGUUGAGUGAUUGGGCAGCUCAGAUGUUCAAGUUUGUUCACGUCUGGGACUGGGGUGGCGGUGGUGGUAGAGUUGCGUACGAUGUCCAUCUUUGGACAAUUCCUAUUGAGUAUCGGUGCUCUCUAUACCUCUUCCUCGUCAUCGUGGGCACUGCCCGCCUGCAGGCUCGAAUGCGACUCCUCACUGUUUUCGGCAUUUUCGUCUUCACAUACUGGAACUCGAGAUGGGACUUCUUGCUUUUCUUGGCUGGCAUGCUCCUCGCGGAGAACGAUCUGAUCCGAGGUGCCCACGACCCUGUAUUGCCCAAGGAUGAGGACGACAAGAGUACCUCUCGCAAGUGUAGCACUUCAUGGUUUUGGGAUGCCCUCGCACUUCUCGGCCUGUACCUUCUCGGCCAGCCAGAUGGUCGAGGUGAAAUAACCCCUGGAUGGAUCUAUCUGACUUCGCUUAUCCCUACUUGGUGGGGUGCUGAGCCGUUCAGAUACUGGCAGGGAAUCGGUGCAGUUGUCUUUAUAUAUGCUGUGGCACAUUCAGCGUUUUGGCAGCGAUUCUUUAAUUCUGGCGUCGUGCAAUAUUUCGGCAAGAUCUCGUACGCCAUCUAUCUGAUGCAUGGUCCAGCAAUGCACAUUGUCGGGUAUCACUUUGAAAAUUGGGCGUACAGUGUCACGGGACUGGAAGGGUACCAGUACAACGCGGGUUUUAUUCUGGGUGCUUGUUUCUGCAUUCCAACCGUCAUCUGGUGGGCCGAUAUCUUCUGGCGGGCCGUGGAUAUUCCCACCGUCAAGUUUGCCAAGUGGUUUGAGAGCAAAUGUGUCGUCAAAGCGUAA